UGUAUAGAUAUGCAUAUACAUAAGUAUAUUACGUCUUACAGAACAUAACUCGUAUGUAAUCGUUUUGAUAUUAUUGUCUAGUUUAGCAUCAUCUUUGGUGAUGAUAGUUAUGAUUUGAUUUUGUAAAUAAUUAUGGUAAACUCAUUUAAAAACUAAUAAAUUAUUCAAAAUAGUAAAAUUUAUUAAAUAAGUAUCCAAUUUUUCAUGGAUUUUUGAAACUAACCAUAAAGACCCGAAAACACUUAUUUUUAUAACAAUGUUGUCCAAUGUUAAUAACUAUUGCUGUUUUAAUUUAAAAAGCGGAGCGUUAAUACUUGGAAUUUUGGAAAUAGUACUUACAACAUGUAUUAUUAUUGUCAUCGGUAUUGACAUAAUUUAUCAAGGAAUUUUCACCGCAUCAGCAUGUUCUCCGUUGCUGCUUAUAACAAGUCCAGGAUUAUUAUAUUUAUAUAUUCCCAUUUGUUUUUGUUCCUUACUUCUAUCAUUUUUAAUGAUUUGGGGUUCGAUAAAGGACAACUUUGCCUUAAUGAUGCCUUAUGUUUACUACCGAGUUAUCAUUUUGAUGCCAUAUUAUCUUCAAUAUUUUUAUAAUGCAAUUAGAAUUUUUGUUACGGAGGAUUGUAAUACAGAGAGCGCUUUUGUCCGGCUUACAUUUGGAAUAUGUGGAUUGGCACUUGGUAUUCAUUUCUGCAUGGUUAUAUAUCAUCACAGUAAGGAAAUUAGAAAUGAAAAAUCAAACAAUGCCAAUAAAUCAAUGUAUUAGUAUUAUGACUAUUGAAUAAAAUAUUUUUAAAAUAA